AUGACGUCCAAUGAUCGAACUGGCUAUACAACUGAAGUUGUAUCUGCAAUAUUUGUUUCUGCUCCACCCCAUCAAAUUCCUAACUGCGCUGUUUUUGGCAUGGAAGGCCUUAUUAUUUCUGGUCGUUAUCAACUGCCCUGGACCCGGUCACCAGCCUCCGUGACGGAGCUGUGGAAAGCUGCCUGGCCCUCCACCUCCACCAUCUUGCGAUUCGUGCGAUGGGAUUCCAUCUACUUUGUACACAUCGCCGAACGGGGUUACCUGUAUGAGCAGGAAUGGGCCUUUGGAUAUGGUUACACUAGAUUGCUGUCUUAUCUUACUGCUGCCCUCCAUCCAACGGACAAUGGGAUCGGAGCAACCGAGAUCACCCAGGUGGCCGUUGGCAUCUCUCAUCUGAGUCAUUACUUGUCUGUCCUCGUACUGUACGCUUUAACGAAGACCAUCUUUGGCACGGAGACGAACACCCAGAGGGCAUUCUGUCUCGUCUCAGCUGCUCUCCAUAUCAUUUCUCCCGCUGGUGCCUUUCUCUCUGCCCCCUAUGGCGAGCCUCUUUUCUCCUUUCUCAACCUCACGGGCUUCUACCUCUACUUGUCGGCAGUUCUGAACGAGGACACCGGUAGACAGAUAACGCGAGAUGCGAAAUUUCUUGCUUCUGCUGUCCUUUUUGCGUUGGCCACGACGGUCCGCAGCAAUGGCAUCUUAAGUGGAUGUCUAUUUGCCUAUGAUGCCGUCUUGGGAGUCGUUCGGGUUAUCACCCGCGGUUUCUCCCUCGAAACCGUGCAUCGCUUGUUUGUCAUCGUCCUCGGGGGCAGCAUCGUCGCUCUAGGGAUGGUUGGACCGCAGUACGUUGCUUUCGCGACCUAUUGUACAGAUCCGGAUUCGUCGCGGCCUUGGUGUAAACAGCUCAUUCCAAGCAUAUAUGGCUGGGUGCAAGCACACUAUUGUCACCAAUCUCCCGCUCUUCUGUCUUGCGGCACCAAUGCUGGCAGUUCUGUGUCAGUCAGCUCUCUCCGUAUUGCAAAGGCCGCCCGCAGAGCAGAUCUACUUGAGUUUUGCACCCGAUGCUUCGUCGCAGAAGACAAGUGUUCGGCAGUCAUGCUUGACUCGUCUUGCCAUUUCGCAAGGUCUGUUGGCGAUUACGGCUUUGACGAGCUACCAUGUGCAGAUUAUCAACCGGAUCUCGUCCGGAUAUCCGGUGUGGUAUUGGUAUUUGGCUUCAUUGGCUCUGGACAAAACCAAGCCUUCGCAGCCGGCCAGAUGUCUCUUCUCGGCAGCUACGCAGGGCAUGGCGAUGUAUGGGCUUAUCCAGGCGGUUCUAUUCGGUUCUUUCCUCCCGCCAGCCUAGGGAGCUGA